AGUUUAGAAAACACUUCCUGUCGUCAGAAAAGGGACGUUAUCGGCAGUUUCUUGUACCAAACCGAUGUGAGGGUGUUUGUUUAUGUCCGGCGUCACGGUCCAUUUCCACGUGACAUGCACGAGGAAACAAUCGUGAUCGAUAUUCAGGCGAAGGAAGACUCGUUCAACAACUUCUGGUGACGCUCGGAAAAGAUCGGGUACCUCGUGGAAUUGGUAACCUGUCAUUCAAACAUCCGAACUUAACGUGACAACGUGGCGAGCUCCGAUAUUGAGUCGAUGUGCUUUGCGACAAAACUCGUUGUAAUCUGUGCACGUGUUUUAACAGUUAUCGAGACCUUUUCACAGUUUUGUAGAUAACAACUUGAACAGAAACGGUUCAUAGUCAACUCAUGUGCACUCUACUCAGUAACUAGGUCAAACGAAACGAGGAAAUUUGAAAGCAAUGUUUUAAAUCAGCUGACUGGUGUAAACAACAACACGAGUGUAUAUGCCCAAGUUUUAAGUCCAAGUGUCGUAAACAGUGGAUAAAUGUGAUAUUCACCCCAUGAGAUAACAGUUAUAGAUGCACACCACUCUGCUGAAAAACCACUGAAGAUGGCAACUGGCAGCCCCAACUACAAGAUCAUCCUGUGUGGGGAGUAUGGGGUCGGCAAGAGUUCCAUCUUCAGACGAUUCCGCAAUAAUACCUACAUUGAAGAAACGGGCAAGAAAUCUACCAUUGGAUUGGACCAGAGCACCCAGGUGUUUGAAGUGAAAGGCUCUGAUGUGAAGCUGACCUUAUGGGACACAGGCGGGAUGGAGAGGAUGAGUUUCAUCGGGUCGAGCUACUAUCGAGGAGCGCAGGCAGCCCUGCUGUGCUACAAUGUGAAUAACAAAGACACUUUCACAAUCCUUUCCCAAUACAUCCUUGACAUUGUCAUGAACGCUGAAGGUGCCAAGAUAUUCCUGUGCGGGAACAUGGCCGAUUCCAAUGGAGACAGUGAAACUGUCACAGAGAGCGACUUUGAGGCUUUCAUGAGUGAGUGUGGUGACGUUCUGUCAGCCGUGUACCAAGUUUCAUGUAAAGACAAUGUUGGCAUCCAGGAAAUGUUCACCGAUAUGGCCAAAAUAUUACAUGAAGAGGCCAUGAGCAAAAUGACGAUUCGGCGAGACUACAUACGACCGGGGGAAACUCCUGAUAAUUUGAAUGGGAAGAAAAAGUGUUGUUGAUGAAGAGUGUAUGAGUGUAUAUAUAUGGUCUGUAUGUGAUAUUAUCUCUCGAUGUUGCAAUAACCAGCCCUCUAGCUAGUGUUGUGGCUCUUCAUGUUUGGAUGGUAAUAUGCAUGAGCUUGGGCAAUGUGAUAUUGUCUGCAGUGAACACUGGUGAAACUGUCUUCAGUCUUCUGAUGGAUGUUCUUCAAGAUAUUGGUCAGCUGAUGGAUCUUGUUGAAUGUUCUUCCAAGAUGUUGGUCUUCUGUGGGAUGCUGUUGAAUGUUCCUGACCUGGAUGUUUUUCAAAAUAUUUGUCAGCUGAUGGAUCUUGUUGAAUGGUCUUCACCUGGAUGUUUUUCAAGAUGUUGGUCAGCUGAUGGAUCUUGUUGAAUGUUCUUGACCUGGAUGUUUUUCAAAUUAUUUGUCUUCUGAUGGAUCUUGUUGAAUGGUCUUCACCUGGAUGUUCUUCAAGACAUUGGUCUUCUGAUGGAUACUGUUGAAUGUUUUUCAAGAUGAUGGUCAGCUGAUGGAUCUUGUUGAAUGGUCUUCACCUGGAUGUUCUACAAGACAUUGGUCUUCUAAUGAAUACUGUUGAAUGUUUUUGAAGAUGUUGGUCAGCCGAUGGAUGCUUUUGAAUGGUCUUCACCUGGAUGUUCUUCAUGGUGUCAACAUAUGGAGGUGUUCAUGUGGUGUUCUUCUAUGGGUGCUUUUCCUAUCAUCCCAUUCAGCUGAUGCAAUGACUCAAGUAAUCAGACUUUGUGGUGUUACAAAUGAUAUGAUGUAACAGUUCACCAAAGUUAUGGUGACGUAUGUUGUAUACCUUCACAUACAUAUCCAGAGCUCCAGAGAAGCCGCAUACAGUAAACUACCACUAAUUUUAGUCAUUUUACUCUUUUCAGCUAAAAAUAUGCAACAGAUCAAUGGGACAAAAAAACAGUUGGUUACAUCUAUCAGUUCAUUUUAAGUGUUCUAUAAAUGUUUACUCUAUUUGAUUUGCAAAAUAAGUCUUCAUUACUUAGUUAUUUGUUAAUUGCUAGCAUGCAAACACGCUUCGAAAUAUUUCAGACCCAAUAGUAUGACAACACUUCGUAAAUACCUAAUGUAUCCGUUUCUAAAAGUGCAUACCAAUAUUUAUUUACAGAUCUAUAUUUACUGAUUGAUACAGGCAGUACACUUCCGUAUACACUACCAGGGCUACAGAUAAGGGCCGUAUCGGCGCAUGUAUGGAUAAAAAAUAUGCACGAUACGGAAGGAAAUAAUUUAGAAAACAUAGCAGAUACGCA